UGGACCAUCUCCAUGCAAUGACCAAGAUACAUCGACUGGAAUUGUAGUCUAAUGCUGUGCCCUGACCUUUGUCUACUGACAAUGGUCAAUGACAGUAUCUACCUGUCUUCUGGACGGCCCCGCAGCCGACUGUACCAAGUUUGCGAUUUCUGCGCUGUCACAUAGGGAUGGGCAAGAGGGAUGACUUUUUGGCUUUUCCUCAUCUUACUUGCACCCGAUACGAUUGAGGUAGAUAGUUUACAGCAGGUAAUCCGAACCUCACUCAGUUCCUCGGUGCUAGUCAUGUCCGCCUCGAGGUUACUAAGACAACCUGAAGUCUUGUCCAGUGUCCUCCUCACUGCAUUUUACCCAUCGAGCUACCACUUGUACCCACUGAACAAAGUUACAUACCAUACCGUAUGGAGUCCUCAUUCCACCCCAAACCCCACUAUGAAAUAAUAUCGAUUGGAAGUGGGAGUGAGGAAAAGUAGAAAGUCGAGCCUGCCAUCCAGCUCCGGCAUGGCUUUUGUG